AUGGGCAAGAAGGCCUCCUCGUCCCCAACGCUGACACCGACCUCUCCAAACACGCCCGCCUCACCGCCUCGAAUGGAUGCCCCGCCCGCCUACGACGAAGUCGCCGGCCGCCGCAGCUCCUCCAGCAUCUCCGCGCACAGCAACGACCCCAUCAUCGACGACGCUGCUGCCCAGGCUCACGCCCGCCAAGCCGGCAUUGCACUGUCGGACAGGACUGGCAACGGCGUGUCGCCAGAGUCAGCAGAGGAGCAGAGACAAAAGCGCCUUGCACGACAGAAGCAAGAAGGGGGUUGCUUGAACUUCGGCGACAAUGUAGAUGGGUGCAUGAACGUCGGCGCCGGCUACGAAUUUGGGAAGACGGAUGGCUGCAUGAACGUGGGCGGCGGCACACAAUUCAGCGAAUUCAACGGGUGCAUGAACUACCAAAGCAAAAAUGGAUGCAUGAACUACAAGUCGUCUGGAGGCUGCAUGAACUAUGAUGUUUCGGAGGAUUGGGAGGAUAACGAGGGCUGCUUGAAUUUUAGGCGUGGUGGUGGCUGCCUUCUGCGCGGCUGA